AAUCGGAUUGACGCGGACGCGCACAGGAGCGCAUUUGGCCCGAAACGGGUCGCCUUUGUUUGAGCUGUUUGUUAUGGAGAUCGUUUCGUGAAACGUGCUUCAAUUGAAAUAAUGCUCAGAAACUGGAAAAUUGAGGAGUGAAAUUUUGUUCCGUUCCCUACGCCCACCAAAGCUACACACAAAUAUACAUAUACAAUCAAGAAAACACAUGCUGGAAUUGUGAUCAUGGAAGCGGACUCUCUGAAUAUAGCUGACCCCAGCGGCAGCAGCAGCAGCAGAAGCAGCAGCAACUGGUGCUGCCUCAUGGACAAUCGGCCGAAGGCAGUGGUCAUCGGGGAUGGGCCGGCGCCCACCCAGCCAACGAAGCUGUUCGAAUGGCUGUGCGCCAAGAAUCUGACGCAGCUGGAGGACGAAACGCCGCCGAGCGGCUUCUAUGAGGCGCUGGAGCAUGCGGAGAUCGCAUUCCAUUGCACGCGCUGCGACAAGCUGAUGAUCAGCCUGGAUGCACAGCUGCUGCAGCGGACCAUCGGUACCCAGACACAGAUACGGGCCCAACUGCAGGCCGAAACACAGACAAUACGGACACGCUUGCCGCACGGCAAACAUGCACAGACCCAAACCCAUAGACAGAUCCAGGGCCAGGCCGACAGCGAGACACAGACACAGACACAGACACAGAUACCGUCUCCCAACCAGGAGACGGUGCUGUUGCCGCUGCCAUUGGCCGUGCAGCUGCGCAGCGCCGGUGUGCCGCAGCAGCAGCAGCGAUCCCUGCUCGACGCUGUCCAGGAUCUGUGGACGUUGCGCCUGCGCGGACGCUCGCUGUGGUCGCUGCUAAAGACGCUCCUGGUGCUCAUCUCGCUGCUGCACGGCUGUUAUGUGCUGGGCGGCAGCCUGCAGCGGUUGCCCGUAUUGCGGCGCCUGAUCCUAACGGCGCAGACGAUAUGCCAGCCGCCGCCACCGCCGCCCCCGCCGCGCACCCUGCCCGCCUUCAUUUGGAACCAGCUGUGCCGCAUGGCCCGUAAGCUGCGCAUCAUUUGAGCGCGCUGCGCUCCUGUACUCCUGCAUCCAUUUCCCGGAUGCCGCUCAGCGGCACUUAUCGACAGAUCGUCUGUUUGAAUAGUUCAGUUCCCUGCGUCUGCUCUUCAUACUUCUUCUCCUCCUCCCCCCUCCCCCUCCCCCUUCUCCUUCUUUCGUUUUGUGCUAUUUAUAAAACGAGGCGUACGCUAUUUUAAGCUCCAGAAGCCGGGCACCCGGGCCGUAUACGAGAUAGCGUCGAUAGCGCCCAGUUCGGCGUUCCCCGUUGUUUGCUGUGUUCCUGUUCCUGGAACACAAUUGGUAUUUGUGUUUGUUCCAGACAAAAGACAACAAUAACAGAGACUCAGAUUACACCCAGCCAAAUGAAAAAAACAACAA